UGAUAUUAAAGUAAUUCCUGCUGACACGAAUGCACUAAAACUCAUUUUGUGCAUUUAGAAAUGUCUUAACUUUGCUGUCGCGAGGGAUGGUCUCUUUUGGUUUUUUUCGAUACCGGUGCUAAACCGGUACUUUUACAACGAUACCGGUAGCUAAACGGUGCCUGAACCAAGCACAAAACGACGAUUGACAAUGACGACAUUAAAAACCUCUUCGGCCAGAUUCCCUCUAAAAGCCGUUCUCAUGGAGCACUGACAAGAAAACGGAUAGCACUGUCGCGCUCAUAGCUAGCGCAAGCUACGAGCUAGCUUAAACAUGAUUAUAAUGGCUAAUUUAUUAUUUGUUGGCCUACUUUUAUGAAUGCAAGACUUGCAAUCAACUAGACGGUACUACUACAACGGAAAAAGGAGCUCUGAAGAAAUAGGAGCAGCAACAAGUAGGGAUGGGUAUCGUUUUUCUUUUCUUCCUAUACCGGUGCUAAACCGGUACUUUUUAAAACGAUACCAGUGCCUGAACAAUACUUAAAGAAGAAGAAGCACAAAACGACGAUUGACAAUGAGGACAUUAAAAACCUCUUCGGCCAGAUUCCCUGUAGAAGCCGUUCUCAUGGAGCACUGACGACAACGCGGAUAUCAGACUGUCGCACUCGUAGCUUGUCGCUAGCGCUGGCUACGAGCUAGAUUAAACAUGGUUAUAAUGGCUAAUUUAUUAUUUGUUGGCCUACUUUUAUGAAUGCAAGACUUUAAUCAACGUUCCGGAGUCCUCCUCUGAGUUCAGGCUGCUCUGGUCAUCAUCAGUCUCCACGUUUUCAGGGGUCCGGUCUCCCCAUCGCGCCAUAUUGGCACCGGCUCUCGGUACCCAACCCUAGCAACGAGGUGACAUCUUAGUCAAAUCACCAGGAACUGGUGCGGCAGAGUUGUAUGCAAAAUCUCCAUGUUAAUCUCUCUCCUCAGGGCGUGUUGACGGGCAGUGUCGCUGUGUGUGUUUCCAACAUGUUCCGGAACAGCCUGAAGAUGUUGCUGGGAGGUAAAACCCGCAAGAACAGCGGCGUUGGCGUGGAGUUGGAGGGAUCGGAGGUCGGCGUGAUGGAAGGAUUCAGUCGCUCGCUCCCGUCGUCUCCCCUCCUCAACAUUCGUCUGGUGAACAGAGCCGGCGAGGAGCAGGAACUGGGACCCCCGCCCUCAGUGGACGAGGCGGCUGAUGCUCUGAUGACCAGGCUGGGCUUCCUGCUGGGGGAGAAGGUCCCCAGUGGGGAGCCGGGCUCCUCCUGCCACGCCCAGGAGGACGGACAGAGGAUCUCUCCUUCCUCCAGUCUGGCCAGCAGCGGCGCCUCCCCUUGUUCCACUCUGCUGCCCCCUGCUGGAGGGGAGGGCAACGACGACGACAAGCACGCCUCCCUCAACCGUGUCACCUCCCCCACCUCCACCCUGGAGAGCAGAGACAGCGGCAUCAUCGCCACGUUGACCAGCUGCUCCGCCGACUCGGCGGCAGAGCGGGACGCCGGCGGUGGGAAUCCCGUCCACGGUUACCGCGGCAGCAGCCUGAACCUUUGGCAACAAGGGGGCCGGCCUGUGGCGGCCUCCAACUCCUCCAGUAUGGUAGCAGCAGGAAGCGCCGCCAACGGCUUCCCGUACAGGGCGGAGGACACGAUGGCCGCCUCCACCUACAGCCUCAACAAACUCCACCCGGACUGGGCCCCUGGCUCCGCCCCUCUCUACCUCAUGCCCCGCCCCAAUUCAGUUGCCGCCACCAGCUGCGCCCACCUGGAAGACCUGCACUACCUGGACGAGCAGCAGAGACACGCCCCCUCCAGGACCUCCCUCCGGACGCCCCGGCAGACCUCUGGGGGUCGUGGUCACCGGGACCCCCCAGUCAGCUUCACUCCUUCCCUCAACCUGAAGCCCCUCGACUUCCAGGUGCCGGGCCUCUCGUCCGAUUGGCUGUUCACCGGCAGGGAGUGGCUCUUCCAGGAAGUGGACGCCCGUCUUCGGAGCGGCGACCCGGCGACCGGUCGGGGCGUCGUGAUCGUCGGCAACAUGGGCUUCGGCAAAACAGCCAUCGUCGCCCGCCUGGUGGCGCUCAGUUGUCAUGGAAACCGCAUGUCGCCAACCGCCGCCGGCAACCCGACCGCGGCCACACAUGCAGAAGCCGUUUCUUUCUCCCACGAAUCCCUGGGAAGAGGAGGAGGAGAGGAAGGAGGAGGAGGAAGCUGUCCGGGGACUCCGGAGAUGAGGAGGAGACAAGAGGAGGCGCUGAGGAGGCUUGCAGCACAGGUCGUGGCGUAUCACUUCUGUCAAGCCGAUAACUGUCACACCUGCCUGGUCCCGGAGUUCGUCCACAACAUGGCGGCGAUACUAAGCGACGCCCCCCAGCUGUCGGCCUAUCGGGAGCUGCUGCACCGCACGCCGCAGCUGCAGAGCGCGCUCAGCCUGCGCUCCUGCAUCCAGGAUCCGAGCGCCGCCCUCCAGAGGGGGAUCCUCGGCCCCCUGGAGGCGCUCUACAGAGAGAGGAAGCUGCAGGUGGAAGGGGCGGGGCUUAUUCUGAUCGAUGGGCUGAAUGAGGCGGAGUUCCACCGGCCGGACUACGGCGACGCGCUGACUUCCUUCCUCUCCCGAAACGUCCAGAAGUUUCCUUCCUGGUUGAAGGUCGUAGCCACGGUCAGGACCGGCCAGCAGGACAUCACUCGCUCCCUCCCGUUCCACUGCAUCUCUCUGGACCGCAUGGAGGACAACAUCGACCAGGACCUGCAGGGUUACCUCGUGCAGCGUAUCCACAGCAGUGCAGAGAUCCAGAGUAACGUGUCGCUGAGCAACGGUCGCCUCGACAACACGGCGCUGGCCAAGCUGAUCGGCCACCUGAAGAGCCUCAGCAAGGGCUCCUACCUGUACCUGAAGCUGACCCUGGACCUGAUCGAGGGCGGGUACCUGGUCCUGAAGAGCUCCAGCUUCAAGGUGGUCCCCGUGAGUCUAGCUGAAGUCUACCUGCUGCAGCUCAACAUGCGGUUCCCCACCCAGUCGUCCUUCCAGAGGGUUCUGCCGCUGCUCAACGUCAGCGUGGCGUCGCUGCACCCGCUGACCGACCAGCAGCUGUUCCAGGUGGUGAACGCCAGCGCGCUGAGCGGCGGCGUGCUGCCCUGGGCCGAGUUCGCCCAGCGGCUGGAGCAGCUCGCCCCCGUGCUGCUCCGGCUGGGCGACGGCAGCCGGAUGCUAAGCCACGCCUCCUUCAGGGAGUGGCUGAUGUGGAGGGAGGAGGGGCAGGACGACAGGUUCCUCUGCGACCCCAGGAGCGGCCACACGCUGCUGGCCUUCUGGCUCUGCCGGCAGGAAGGAAAGCUGAACCGGCAAGAGACGCUGGAGCUGGGACACCACAUCCUGAAGGCCCACAUCUACAAGGGCCUGAGUAGGAAACUUGGGGUUUCCUCUUCCGUUCUGCAGGGGCUGUGGCUGUCCUACAGCACGGAGAGCCUGAGCCCCGCGCUGUCGUCGCUCCGCAACCUUUACACCCCCAACAUCAAGGUGAGCAGGUUGCUGAUCAUGGGCGGGGCUGACGUGGACGUGCGGAGCGACGUCCUGAACAACGCCCCCCUGCUGUGCGUCCACGCUCACCUGGGCCACGGCGACGCGGUGGCGCUGCUUCUCGACCUGGGAGCUCAGGUGGACGCUCACUCUCAGGACGGUUUGACCGCUCUGGGAUUCGCAGCAGCGGCUGGACACCUGGACAUCGUCACCAUGCUGAGUCAGUACACAGCGAAGGCCGGCCACGUGGACGGCUCUGGCCGCUGCGUGCUCGCCCACGCCGCUCAGCGGGGUCGCCUCGAGGUGCUGCGCUUCCUGCUGAGGCGCGCCGACUGGAGCCGCAGUUCCUGCUGCGGCCAGAGGGGGGCGAGCCGGCCCCAGGCGGUGCAGCAGGCUCUGAUCGCCGGGGCCGGCGCCGGCCACGCCGAGGUGGUGUCCUUCCUCCUGGACCUACCUGAGGAAGACGAGCACGAGGAGGGGAGGCCGGAGAUCAACACGCCCGACAGCCUGUGGGGCGAGACGGCUCUGACGGCGGCGGCAGGCAGUGGCCGACUGUCUGUGUGCCGGUUGCUGUUGGACCAGGGCGCUGCCGUUGAGCAAGGCAACAGGCGGGGCGUGGCUCCCCUUUUCAGCGCUGUGAGGCGUGGCCACGUGCAGGUGGUGGGGCUGCUGCUGGCCCGCGGGGUGGAGGUGAACAUGGUGGACCAGCAGGGUCGAACCUCCCUGAUGACGGCCGCCUCGGAGGGUCAUGUGACCACAGCCCAGCUGCUCCUGGAUCACGGAGCCUCUCUCGACCAGGCUGACCGGGAAGGCUUGACGCCCCUGAGCUGGGCGUGUCUGAAGGGCCAGCUGCCGGCGGCCCGAGAGCUGGUGGAGCGCGGCGCCGCCACCACCCACGUGGACCGCAGCGGGCGGACGCCGCUGGACCUGGCGGCGUUCCGCGGUGACCCCGAAGUGGUGCAGCUGCUGGUGGACCACGGUGCGUCGGUGGAGCACGUGGACUGCAGCGGCAUGCGUCCUCUGGACCGGGCCGUCGGCUGCAGGAACACGUCGGCCGUCAUCGCGCUGCUCAAGAAGGGAGCCGAGAUCGGACCAGCGACCUGGGCCAUGGCGACCUCUAAACCAGACAUCUUAAUGGUUCUGCUCAGUAAACUGAUCCAAGAGGGAGACAGACUGUACAAGCAAGGUAAGGUGAGGGAGGCGGCUCACUCCUACCAGUCGGCUCUCCAGAAGUUCCCGGGCGACGGGCUGAAGGCGUCCCGGCAGCUGAGGGUGUGCGUGCUGCUCAACUUGUCUCGCUGCCACCGCAAGAUGAACGACUUUGGCCUGGCGGAGGAGUUUGCCACCAAGGCGCUCGAGCUGAAGGUCAAAUCCUACGAAGCCUUUUACGCCCGAGCCCGCGCCAAACGUGGACGCAGACAGUUCCAUGCGGCGCUGGAGGACCUGGUGGAGGCCGGCCGGCUGAGCCCGUCCAACCGGGAGAUCCAGCGCCUGCUGGCCCGGGUCGAGGAAGAGUGUCGGCAGGCCGCGCCACAGCAGGACUCCCCCCCUCCUUCAUCACACCCAGCUCAUGCGGCCAUCAACGAGGCCAGGUGCAGAGACUCAGGGUGUCUGCAGGUGCAGGACAGGGAGGGGCUUACUGAGGAAGAAGAGGUUGAGGAGGAGGAAGAAGAGGAGAGUCAAAGGGAAAGAGAUGCUCAUCCUCAACCCUCCUCCUUCCAGCCUGCACCUGUGGUUCAGAGUCUGGACGCUCACUGCCACCCUGGUGUUCCGCCCUCAUCCUCGCUCUCCCCCACUCACCUGUAUCGUCACCCCCCGGGCCCCUCCCCCUCCCCCCCCUGUCACCCUGCGCCUCCUCCCCAGUCCACCUCCUACCACCACUUCAUCCCGGCACAGCGACUCAGCCAAAUGUCCGAAAGUAUGCCCGCGCUGUCAGGGAAUGUCGGUCUGCACUACCAUCCGCAGCCCGGCUCCGCCCACCACCACCCGGACCAGGUCCAAGGGGCGCAGCAGCACCACCUGUCCAACCAGAGGUCCUUCCACCAGCAGAACCCCGCUCAGGGCCAACGGCUCCAAGCAGCCAAAGUCCAGGUGGUCCGGACCAGUCAGCCCAGUUCCUCGUCCCACUCCAGCAUGCUGUUGGGAAGUUCUGCUUUCUCCAAGUUUGGCCAACUGCCACAAGAGCUGGCCGAGCUGGGCGGAGGCGUCUGCCCGAGCCCCUUGGACGUGAGGCCCGGCCUGCAGGUCCAGGCUGGUCUGGGCUCUGGGUCCUAUCCUCUGGAUGACGUAGACGUUAACUUUUGCCAGGCAAGACUUGCAUCUGCCUACGGGAGAGAAGGCGGAGGGGAGAGGGCGGCGAUGGCUCGGUUUGGCCAGGCGCGUCACUUCAGUCGCAACCAAUCCAAAGCCGCCUACUACCCCAUGGAAGUGACGGAGGCGGCGAUGGGGGCUCCCGAUAGCCUUCCGCCAUCGCACGAUUACCAAUACCACCACCAGGGGGUGCUACAACGACCACUCAAUGCCCACCACACCUCCUCCCCCGCUCUCCCCCCGAGGCCUCUCGUCCACUCUCAGAGUAUCAGCGUCCGGUUCUCCAGCAGCAGCGGCAGCCUCGCCGGCGGGCAGCCGGACAAUCACGGCCCGAGAUUCAGGGCGUCCGCCUCAGUCCAGCACAUGGAAGCACCUUCAGAUCUGGCCUCCGCGGGCGGGGUCACCGGCUACCACGACGACCUCUUUCUGAUCUCCUCGCCCCAGUCGGAAACGUACAUGGACGGAGGCGGGACUUAUCCCGGAGAGGCCGGCCGGUCAUCGAGGAACACUCCUUUUAUGGGCAUCAUCGACAGGGCGGCGAGGGGCUACCAGCAGCCGGCGCCCUCCAGCUCGGCGUCCUGCCUCAGCCCUUCUCGCUCUUGGGCCGUGUCCUCGGUGGACACCGUUGUCACCUCGCCCAGCAAAAGCCCCGCCCAUCACGGAGGCUUCGGCCCCCCUCAGCCGUCCUCCAUCGCGUACCACAACCGCAGCAACAACAACGCCCACAACAACAACCAGCCGGACUGCUGUCCUCAGGGCGAAGGUUCGGUGCCAGUUGCCCGUCAAAACCCCUCCUACCUGGAUGUGAAGCUGGCCAGAACGCUGCCGGUCAGCUGCUCUGACAGGAAGACGGGCCCGACCUCUCCCGUCAAACCAAAGAGACCCUUCGUAGAGUCCAACGUGUAGAGGAAGGGUCACGUGUCCAUGAAGGGAUCUACGCUGGAAGUGAACCAGUUUGGACCACGUAGAGGUCAUGUGAAGCACAGCGCUCCUUGAAGGUCGUCCCGGGGCAUCGGUUCCACUUCCACAACCGGCCAACGUCGGCACUUUGACCGCUUUAGUGUUCAGAAGAGUUUGGGGGAAGCAGAAGUUACACAUGCACGUUGGAGGAGGAUCGUAUCGCUGGUUACAAGGUCCGUUAACGAGAGAGAAGAAAAAAGGAAACGAGGAAGAGGGGGAUAAGGGAACGAAGAGGAAACCAGAAGAUUAGCGGUCAGAUAGACGAGAGGGACGCAACUCCACCUCUGGCCUCUUGGUCGGCUGCAGACGCCUAAAGGAAGGUUUUAUCUGAAGGUUUUAUCUGAAGGUUUUUAUCUGAAGGUUUUUAUCUGAAGGUUUUAUCUGAAGGUUUUAUCUGAAGCCUUUAUCUGAAGGUUUUAUCUGAAGGUUUUAUCUGAAGCCUUUAUCUGAAGGUUUUAUCUGAAGGUUUUAUCUGACGGUUGAGGUUUGAGCACAUGGACAUGGUCACCGCGGGGUUCCAGGUCUUAAGUCGUGCCACCAGCUUGUGGUCGUGACCCGGUCCCUAGCCACAGUUUGAGAAACUCAAAGGACGCUGUCAUCGAAUAAGCACUGGCUUGCUGUAUAUAACACAAAAACUAAGUGAUAUUUAUCUUUUUUAAGUUAUAUAUCUGUAUUAAGCUGUACAAAUAUUGUUUCUCUCACUGUAUAUUCCUUUUGGAUUUUAUAUGUUUAUUUUGAGGCUCUUUUACAGAGAAAUGGAAAGAGAGAGAAAAUGCAAAGUCACUUCAGCUUUGCUCAGUUUUAGGUUUACAUUUUUUUCAAGAAACAUCCUGGAAAUAAUUUACUUUUUAAGUUUUAUUCAUUUAUUUUUGUGCCAGGUUGAUUUAAGUUUGUGUUUUCUCUGAAGGCCUUUUGUGUUUGAUCCCAACUGAUCCGCCUCCGGUCUGCCACUCAAACGCCAGCUCACCUUUGAUCCCUCCCCCCCCCCAGUGAUCGUCCAAUCAGGGAUCAGCCUGACAUUGCUCUGUAUGUUUCGGUGAUGUUGAAGUAAAAUCAAUACUUGACAUUUAAAGAGUU